AUGUUUUUAAAUAAUUAUAUAAAAAUAAACGAUAAAUAAUAUACUAUUUUAGAAAAGAUAGGAGAAGGAAGUUCAGGCAAGGUUUAUAAAGGUCAAUAUUUAAACUAAUUUUAUGCAAUAAAACAACAAGAAUAUUUAGGGGAAGGAGAAUACGAAUUUUAUUAACACUUGAAUUAACCGAAAGAAAGUUAAAAAUUUCGCAAUUUAAUACAGAUUUAUGAUGUUGUAAAAAUAGAUAGAUUUAUAUAUAUUGUUAUGGAGUUAGGAGAAUCUAGUUUAUAUGAUGAGACUGUUAAUAAUAAAAUUGAUAAAACAAAUAUUAGAUUCAUAAUGCAAUAGAUUGGUUCUGGUAUCAAACAAUUACAUGAGGAUUUAAAUUUAGCACAUAGAGAUUUAAAACCUGAGAAUAUUUUAGUUUAAACAAUAAAAUCCGAAAUUACAUAAGAAACAUAGUAAAUUUUUAAACUUUGUGAUUUUGGUUAUGUUAAAAAUAUUAAUAAUUUAAAAACUAAAGCAAUUGGUACACCUUACUACAUUGCUCCAGAGCUAUUAAAUAAUUCAAAUGAUCUUUAUAAUAAAAAAUGCGACAUUUGGAGUUUUGGAUAACUAAUAUAUGAAUUGAUUUCUGGUAGUUUAAUGUUUUAAGGUAUUAAAAUAUAUAAUUUAUUAGGUGAUACAAUCUAAAAAAUUUAGAAUUAAAUCUUGACAAUAACUGAUGGUGAUAUUUAAAAUUUAAUAGAUAAGUUGUUAUUAGAGAGAGAAUAUAAGGAACUUUUAAAAAAUAUGUUGAAAAGAAAUGUCAAAGAUCGAUAUGAUAUCAAUCAAGUUUUAAAUUGUCUUAAGCCUAAAUCUAGAUCUUAAUCAAGAAAUACAUCAGUUGAAUCUAAAAAUUAUUAAAAUCCAGCUUAAAUUAGUAUAAGAACGACUUUUUAGUUUUAGGGUUAGAUUAUAUAGAAAUAAUAAUGUCCUCUAAUGGAAAACAAAUUUAACUAAAAUUAAUGUUAAUUUAUAUAAAAAACUAAUAAUGAAUAAAAAAGAUUCCCAAUUAAUAAUAAUUUUGUACCAAAUGAUUAAAAAAAACUAGAUUUUUGA